AUGUCGCGCCAAUACCAGUUCAAGCUCGUUUUACUCGGAGAGAGCGCUGUUGGAAAGUCUAGCUUGGUUCUACGUUUCGUCAAAGACCAGUUUGAUGAUUACAGAGAAUCGACUAUUGGAGCUGCAUUCUUGACACAAACGGUGCAAUUGGAUGAUCAAACAACUAUCCGCUUUGAGAUAUGGGAUACGGCUGGUCAGGAGCGAUAUAAAUCCCUGGCCCCCAUGUACUACCGAAACGCGAAUUGUGCGGUUGUGGUGUAUGAUAUUACCCAAAGCGCUUCUUUGGAGAAGGCACGAUCGUGGAUCCGAGAAUUGCAACGUCAAGCGGACCCGUCCAUUAUCAUUGCGCUCUGCGGCAACAAGACGGAUUUGGAGGCCCGCCGACAGGUUACACAAGAAGAGGCAAAGAAGUAUGCAGAAGAAGAGGGAUUGAUGUGGUGCGAGGCAAGCGCAAAGACUGGUGAGGGUGUCCAAGAUAUCUUCAUGGCAAUCGCCAAAAAGCUACCAUUAUCCGCUCCACAAAGUCAGAAAGGGCAAGCACGAGCCGGCGGGCAGCCUCGAGGCGUUGAUUUGAGCUCAAAGCCUGCGGCCGAGCAAGACGGAUGCAACUGCUGA